UUGUGUAUUGCUUCAGUACGACUUAAAAGCUACUGGGAAAACGUUUAUUCGGAUCAAAAUAAAAUAAAUCACAAAAAAUGACAACAAAUACUGCGGUCAUACCAUCCUGGGUACGCUCGGAACUUUUCGAAAAAAUUCUCACAGAAAAUGUUAAAGAUUUUCGGCGAAUAGAAAAUUUCAAAAUAUGUCCGGCAUUGGCACCUGGAGAGAAUUAUGCCACUGUUAUGUUAAAAGUUCAUAUCAAUUGUCUACUGGCAACAGGCCAAAUCGAGAAGAUCACAUUCAUGUUGAAGGUUCCACACGAUAAUGAACUAUAUCGAAACGAGCUGAUAAAAUGGGAUAUGUUUGCCACCGAACACGGAAUGUAUAGGGAAAUUGUACCGGAAUUUGAAAAUCUCUUUCGGCAGAGAGGUAUUGAAGUGCGUUUUGGUGCCACGGCCUACGAAUUGCCUGUUAAAGAGGAAUAUAUUCUUUUAGAGGACUUAACACGCCGCGGCUUUCGUAAUGUCCAAAGGCAAAAUUGUUUAGAUGUAGAACAUUGUAGAGGAGUUUUGAAGAAGCUGGCACAAUUUCAUGCCGCCUCUGCUGUUUGGGUGGAACACAAUGGACCCUUUCCCAAAAUAUAUCAACCUGGUAUGAUACGCAAAGAGAGUAUGACGUUGUUGAAACCCAUGCUAAUCAGUAGCUUGGAACAUGUCCUCAAAGCUGUGAAACAUUUAGAAAAUGCCGAUAAAUAUCAUGAGAAGUUACAAUAUUUUGGCGAACAUCUGGAAGAGGCUUUAUUCCAGCAGGGUGCGAAAAAUGAACAUGAUUUUCUAGUACUCAAUCAUGGUGACUGUUGGGCCAAUAAUAUAAUGUUUCAAUACAACCCAACGGGAGAAUUGCAGGAAACCUAUUUUGUAGAUCUACAGCUGCCGGCAUAUGGAACUCCGGCUCAGGAUUUGUUAUAUUUUCUCAUUUCCUCAGCCCAAUUGGAUUUGAAAGUCAAUCAUUUUGAUGAAAUGGUCCGAUAUUAUUACGACAAUUUAAUAGAAAAUUUGAAAAUUUUGGAAUAUGGAAAAUCCUUGCCUCGUCUACGUGAUUUACAUCAAAUGUUGCUCAGGGGCAGUAUUUGGGGCAUUAUAGCUUUGCUCGUUACAAUGGCCGCGGUCUUGUGCGAAUCGACCAAUGAAGCUUCCAUUGAUAAUUUAACUAAUGAUACGCCAGAGAGCCAAAAAUUCAAAGAGCUACUCUAUACCAAUGAACGUUUUCUCCAACACUUGAAUGCCGUCCUCCCUUGGCUAUUCGACAGAGGGGCAUUUGAUAUUUAUUGGCCAGCAUUGUUAAGAACUUCAGUUUUGCUGACAGUUGUUAUUUACCCGACCACAAUGUCUGCUGCAAACAUUCCACAGUGGAUAGAAGCUAAACUCUUCGAAAAGGUUUUAUAUGAAUGUGGAAAAAAUGUUAAGGAAAUCUACAACUUUCUAGUGUUUCCUGCCUUGGCACCUGGUGAAAAUUAUGCAUCCACAAUGUUAAAGGUGCGCAUGGAUUUAAAACUCGAAAAUGGCUGCGACGAUAGCCAAAGUUUCAUGUUAAAGGUGCCAAAUAAAAAUCAACAUUUACAAGACCAAUGGGAUGCAUGGCAGCUCUUUGAAACCGAAACACAAAUGUAUGCAGAAAUUAUUCCCCGUUUUGAGGAGGCUUAUCGGAAUGUGGGCGUGGAAGUUCGAUUUGGUGCGGAAUCGUAUAAAUUGAAUGUGAAAGAAAGAUAUAUCUUACUGGAGGACUUAUCGCGAAAAGGUUUUAAGACCCUCAAACGACAAAAUGGUCUCGAUAUGGAACACUGUAAGAGUGUCUUACGAAAAAUGGCACAGUGGCAUGCUGCAUCGGCUGUCUGUAAAGACCUUCAUCCAAUCAUGUCCACCAAGAGAGGAGUAUUAAAUGAAAAUGCCAAAGAAUUAUUGGAUAAAAUGUUUAACGAUGCCUUUAAAAAUACUCUGAAAACAAUAAAGAAAUUACCUCACUACGAGGAGUAUUAUGGGAAAUUGGAAAAUUUAAGUCAGGAUUUUUCUGAAAAAAUACGUUGCAUAUAUCGGGUGGAUAACAAGGAGUUUAAUGUCUUGAACCAUGGCGACUGUUGGUCUAACAAUAUCAUGUUCCACUAUGAUGCCGAGGGUAGUUUGAGCUCGACCUAUUUUGUGGAUUUCCAAGUAACAAUCUAUGGUUCACCGGCAUUGGAUUUAUAUUAUUUUAUAUUCUCCUCUGCCAAACUGGAAUUAAAAGUAAAGCAUUUCGAUGAAAUGAUUCAAUAUUACCAUGAGAAUUUAGUUGAGAAUUUAGCAUUGCUGAAAUAUGAAGAAGAACUACCCUCCCUGAAGAAAAUUCAUCAAAUGUUAUUGACAUAUGGAAUUUUAGGUAUCUUCACGUGCAGCACUAUCAUGGCGGGAGUGUUGUGUGAACCCACCGAUUUAGCCAAUAUUGAUCAUUUGACUGGCGAAUCUGCAGCUGCAGAAGAAUUUAAAAACUUAAUGUUUUCAAAUGAGAGAUUUGUGAAACAUUUAAGCGUGAUUGUACCAUGGCUGAAUGCAAGAGGUGCAUUUGAGUACUGAAAUUCUAUCAAAUAAAAUCAUUA